AAUCGAGCUGUAUGCCGUGCACACAUGCAGCCCCACACACACGUCACGCUGUCUGAACAGUGUGCACCCAUCUAUGGUGCGGACAUACAUACAGCCAAGACGAAAAACCACACCGAUGAACAAGCGAACCAACCGACAGACAGCGCACACGCAGAGAAGUCAGAGUGUGCUAUGCAUGGGCUUCGAUCUCCUGCUUCCUUGCCUUCCGCCUCUCCUUCUUGCGCUGAAACUUGGCCUUGAGGGCCUCGAUCUUCGACUCGGACAGCUGCUUCCCCUUCGGCCGCUUCUUUGCACGACGCCUGCAUCCAACACGCACAUACACACACACAGAUGCAUCCUUUGCGCCGCUCGAUGUUUCCACACGCACGCACGCACCUUUUCGAUUUGUCAGAGGCUUCGGUUGUUCCCUCUUGAGUGGCAUUCUCCACAGUGCUGUUGCGAGCCCUCUUCUUGCCGCCCUUGUGUGUGGGGCCCUCAUCAUCGCCGUCAGCUUGGGGCUGCUCGUCGGUCUCGGUCUCGCCCCGCUUUCUCUUCUGCCUCCUGGUCUCCCUGUCGGUGGCCUCUUGUGCGAUGCGCCUCUUGGUCUCCUCCAUGGCACUGACGCGCUUCUGGUGAAACUGCACCAACACACCCACACCAGACACACAGAUACCGGGACGAUAUGUGGGCCUGUAGGUGUGUGCAUGGACGUCGUAUGCAUUCAUACAGGGCUGGCUGGCCGGCUGGGUGACCGACCUUUGAUUCGAUGUGUCGCUCGAGGUCGAUGUCGUUGAGCAGCACCUUCUCGGGACACAGCUUGCAGUAGAACUUGCCGCGGAAGUCCCGAUCCAUCUCAUCAUCGGCAUCCUCAUCCUCGCCCUCCUCACCCUCACCAUCGUCUUCGUCUGCACCUGCAUCAUCCGGCUGUUGAGGCGGCGUCACUCGCCUGUCCCUUCCUUUGACGGCAGCCUCCCGAUCUGAAAGCACAAAGGAAGGCCACCAUUUCCUCGCCCUCUUCUGUGUCUGUGGGCUCCUUUCACCUUCACGUAGCGUCCCAUCGUCGCCCUCAUCCUCUGCCUCAGCCUCUUCCUCUUCCUCGUCGCCCAAAUGCUCUCUAUCGUCAUCUGAAUCGUCUUCCGACUCAUCGCCCUCGUCCGGCUCCUCGUCACUGUCAUCUGGAUCAGGGUUGGACGCGUCCAGGAAGGCCAGGGCACGCUUGAACAUCGGCACGGUCGAUGAAGGAUGGAACGGAUCUGGCUGAUCUUGAUGGAAAACUGAUGAUCGAAUAGUCUACAAACGCCUUCUGUCC